AUGCCACUUGUGACUCGGAAAGGUGUUUACCCGUACGAGAACACUGAUAAUUGGAGUCGGCUGGAAGAGACAAGAUUACCGAGCAAGAGAAGUUUUUAUAGUACAUUGACCGAGUCUGGGAUUGAGGAGGAAGAUUAUAAACACGCGAAGGAGGUCUGGGACCACUUUGACUGCAAGACGUUGGUUGAGUACAGUGAUUUGUAUCUCAAAAUCGAUGUAUUACUGCUGGCGGAUGUAUUUGAGAAUUUCCGCAACGUAUGCAUGAGAGCGUAUAACUUGGACGCCGCUCAUUACUUCACCGCACCAGGACAUAGCUUUGACGCGAUGUUGAAGUUUACAGGACAGAAAUUAGAACUUUUGAGUGAUUACGACAUGUUGCUGAUGUUUAAAAAUGGUAUUCGUGGUGGGUUGGUGCAAGCGAAUAAGAGGUAUGCGAAGGCGAAUAAGUAAAGACUCCGAACUAUGACGAGACUAAAGAGAAAUCAUGGAUUAUAUAUCAGGACUGUAAUAACUUGUACGGUUGGGCAAUGUCUAAGUACAUGCCGUACAGUGGGUUCAAGUGGGUUGAACCUGGUUUGAUUGGAUUG